UUGAAACAAAAUGAUCGCUCUUCACAAAGUUUAGAGUUUGACUAAAAAAGAUUUAUCGUGUUGUAGCAAAUCCGAUUUCCGUGAAGAAAAAGUUCUCUCUCUCUCUCAUUUUAUAGUUUUUCUUGUCUCUAUUUUAGACUAUUCAUUACGUUCUCCAUCCAGCACCAACAUUCAUCCGAAUGCUCGAUGGCAACAAAAUGGUAUCACUGUGGCUGGAGGAAAUCGACAAGGCAAUGGAAUCAAUCAACUCUCAGACCCAUUGGGUUUGUAUGCUGAUGAUGAUCAAACAGUUUAUGUUGCUGAUCGAGCGAAUCACCGUAUUGUGGAAUGGAAACAAGGUGCAACGAGUGGCCAAGUGGUUGCCGGUGGAAAUGGACAAGGAAGUGGAGAUCAUCAAUUGUAUAGCCCAUAUGAUGUGAUUAUCGACAAAGAGAGAGAUAGUCUCAUCAUAUGCGAUGGUUCGAAUAAAAGAGUGGUUCGAUGGCCUCGUCGAAAUGGGACAAGUGGAGAAACAAUCAUCUCCAACAUCUCUUGUUGGGGUUUGACAAUGGACGAGAAUGGAUCUCUCUAUGUCACUGACUUUGGAAAAGAUGAAGUGAGACGAUAUCGAAGAGGAGAAUCUCAAGGAACAGUGGUUGCAGGUGGCAAUGGAAGUGGAAAUCGUCUUGAUCAACUCUCUUACCCACAAUACGUAUUCGUCGAUCGAGAUCAUUCAGUGUACGUAUCUGAUAGGGACAAUCAUCGUGUGAUGAAAUGGAUGGAAGGUGCAAAACAAGGCAUUGUCGUGGCUGGUGGUCAAGGAGAAGGAAAUGAUCUUACACAAUUGUCAUCUCCUCUAGGAGUCGUUGUCGAUCAAUUGGGCACUGUCUAUGUGGCUGAUGAAGAGAAUAAUCGAAUCAUGCGUUGGCCUAAAGGAGCCACACAAGGAAGUGUCAUUGUUGGCGGAAACGGUAAACGAGGACAAUUGAACCAACUCAACCAAUAUCAAUUCAAAUGGGUAACGGAUGUUGCGCUGACAGAUGUUCAUAAAUGUGCCUUUUUUCGUGAGAACGAUUCUUGGAAUAAAUGAUCCUUUAUGUCGGCAGUGGGGUAUGAAAAACGAGAAUACAGUGGAUUCUACAGGCUCCACCUAUGUAGAGUCUCACGGCGUUUAUGGAAAUGUAUACUGAUUCUUCAAAAAAAAGAUCAGUUUUUCUUAGCAUUCAUGCUUCUAAUGGUAAGGUAUCUUGUUAAUUUCGAUCAUUCUUGGAUAGACAUUAAAUAUUUUUGCUCUUCGAAAUCGUUUACAUUCUAUAUUCUGAGGUUAUGUGCCGGUUAUUGAAGAGUCUACAUAAAUGACUAACGAAAGCUACAUAGUGUAAAAUCUCUAAAAGACGAUA